AUGUCUUCCGCUGAUACUGCAGUAGCUAAGAAGGCAGCUGGCCAGCUUCAACAGGACCGAGCCGACCUCACAGGCUCUCACGAUCAAAAGUCGGCUGGUCACACCGACUUCCAACACGGUAAAGGAAUCGAAAACGCUCAGAAGAAUACUGGGGCUCACGGAUUUAGCCAAGUAGCAGGUGCCAAAGACGACGUCAAGGAGAAAUUGUCCGAACGCAAGGACGCUUGA